CGCGCGGGUCUGCUAGUACUACUAUAGUUAUCUGUAUAGUAUAAAAAAAAAACACCCACAUGACCUAGUCUCAGACUCUUCAUUAGAAUCUUUGCACCUUAACAUUCAUGCAUUUAGGGGCUAUAUAUGAUUUGGAUUGACUAUUUUACUUGACACAUUUGAAAAUUCGAUUUCCGAUUCUGCGAUAUCAACACUGCGAUAGUGGGCGCUUGCAGCGGCGCAUCGCUAGUGAGUAUACAUCUGACAAAUUUUCCAUCGCUAGAAAAAUUCGCUGGAGCCUUGCAAAAAAUACGUAUUCAUGAAAAAAUGGAACUAGCUAGGAAAUUGCGAGAAAGCGGCUGGCACCUAACGGACGAGGGCAUCAAGACUCUGACCGCCGCUGUCGGGGAGGACACACGCAAAAUUAUUGAUGAGGCACUGAACCGCGAUAUCCGCGAUAUUGGCGGUGGAGCUCUGCCAGUUAAGCGCGAGGAUGCCCCUAUUUCGGGCCGCAUUGUCCUGCAGGUUCAGCGAGUACGCAAUAUUGCGGCACCCAAAUGCAACGAAGAGUCAAAGGCGGCGCCACGCCUUUUACAACUGGACUUGAGCGAUGGACAGAAUUGCAUACAGGGCCUGGAGCUGGAAUCGGUGCCGGCGCUCAAUCUGAACGUGGCCCCCGGCUCAAAGAUCUACUUCAAGGCGGAUAAGCUGCAGCUCAUGCAGGGAUUUCUGCUGCUGCGCCCCAACGAACUGCAACUGCUGGGUGGUCGCGUCGAUGCAAUGUACGAGAAGUGGGAUCUGGCCCGCACCAUGCUCAAAUACGCCCGGAGCGGGCGCCCGUUGAAUGGAACGUCUGUGCCGCCCCCCUGGGUGGCCUUUGGCAAGAAAUUCGACUCGACGGCCGACCGCAAUUUCAGGAGCCACGCCUUGGGCGAUAAGGACAAGCCGGCUAGAGAGAACGACGAAUUCAAUGCCAUGCGCAACGAGGCCAUUGCCGUGGCCACCAAAGCCGGUGGCAAGAAGGUCUUUGGUGGCGGCGGACAGAACAUCGUGGACCACAACAUCAAGAAGAUUCUCGACAAGGGCUUCUCCGAGGAGGAGGCCAGAAGCGCCCUCCACGUCACCCGCAAUAAUCUGGAGCGGGCUCUGUUUAACCUCAAGCGCCGCAAAGAAUCCGGCGGUGGACCCGUCGAAAUGGAUGUGCGGCCCGGCCGCAGUGAUCGGCACGGCAGAGAGGGCAAACGAGGCGCCAGCAGCAAGGAUGAAGCCGAAGCAGCCAAGCCAGCAGCUAAUGCCACACUCUUCGAUUUUCUGACUACCAAACUGCCCGCAACGGAGGCAGGCACAAGCAACGCCGCCACCGAAUCCUCCGCUGUCGCAUCCACUGCCAGCAGCUCAGUAUUUAAGCAAUAUGGCCCCCGAUUUGGGGAAUCUUCAAUGGCUAACAAAUUUUCAGAUCGUUCUCGCUUCGAGAACAAUGUCUCGAGCAGCUUUGCAGCCAAUCGAGGCGGUUACUCUGGCCUAGGGCGUGGCGGGGCGCGUAGCCGAGGCGGUGGUCGAGAUGAACGUCCGCCCAGAGAGGACCGACCAGCACGAGACGAUCGUCCACGUCGAGAAGAGCGGCCUCCUAGAGAUGAGCGUCAACCGCGGGAUCGCGGAGGUGCAUUUAAUGAUCGCGGCAGUGGGCGAAACAAGCCGGAUCCGGCCCCAAUCAAAAAUUCCAAUCGCAAUGGCCCAGAAAAUCCACCAAUUAAAAGCAAUCCAGAGGUAAAAACUGAGCAGGAGGCUCCGAAUCCGAAUGCCAAGGACCAAGCGGCCAACCGGCGUGGGAGUGAGCGUCGAGGAGGCGGCUCAGUCCGUGUAGAAAAUGGAACUGGCAAUAACAACAGACGUCGGCCGCAACCGGCAAUCAAUUCGGGAGCUGGAGCAGCCAAGCCAGAGCCUAAGCAGCAGAACAAUUUGGGCGAGGACUUCAAUGCGCGCCUGAACAAAGUCACCGAGGACACGGCCAAUCUUAAACUGAGUGCACCGAAGCGAGAGAGUCAACAACGCCGUCAGAGAGGCCAGGGACAGCCGAACCGUCAGCCAACGGAGCCUCCACAGACAGCACAGGGUUCACAGCCUUCACAGAAGUCCGAAAGGGCCCAGCAGACUCAGGGACAGCAUCAACCCCACUAUAAUCCAUUCAAGCAAUCAAUUGCCAACUACAGUCAAUUGCCCAACGGGUAUACAUAUGAUCCCAGCAAGAUAAUGGGUUUCCAGAGCAAGGAGACGAACGAGUUCGCAAUGAGCCUGCUGAAGAGUCAGGGAACAGGGGCCUCGGCUCCUCCGGCUGCCCCAGCGGGGUCGAAGGCGGUCCAAGAAGUUCUGCAAGUGGCCAGUCAGCCGUCUCCGCCGUCGCCUUUUGCCGGCAUCAAUCCUCAGCCAAGGGCAGUGACUCCUGGAGCGGGACCCCAGCAAUUUGGAAUGUUGCCCGGCGAUGGGUGGAUGUGGCAGAAGGGCGACUUGUGCAUGGCCAAGUAUUGGGAUGAUGGACGGUAUUAUGAGGCUGAGAUAACGGGUGUUUCGGAGAAAACUUGUGUGGUCUUCUUUAUGGGAUAUGGAAAUCACGAGGAGGUCCUCAAGGGCGACAUUCUGCCCAUCACGGAUGCCCAGAAUAGGCCCCUGAGCAAUGUGCAUUGUGCACCACCGCCGCCGCUGCAAGACCACCACCAGUCCCAGCAUCAGUUGCAGCAGCAGCAGCAGCACUCGCGUUACCGCAGCGAUCGCCAGGCCCAGCAACAGCAGGUAUAUGUGCCGCCGCACAAAAGAGAACAUUGAGACAGUCUUUGUACACACUUAUAAAUCCAUUGAAAUUUUUCGAAUAAACAACUUUACAGUGUAU